AUGCCCUUGAAUCCUUUCUUAUCAAUUGCCCUUCAAACUGCCGUGGUGGUGACCACACUGGGCUUCACCCCGGCCCCGUCAAGCAUGAGGCCUGGCGCAUUGGUGGUUGUCGCACUAUGUACUGGCCAUUGUAUCUCCACUGCAUUGGGAUACUUCGUUCGGACACCAUGGGCCAGCCUGGCAGGUGGUUAUUCGGUCAUGUUACUGCUUCAUUAUAUCGACAUAGGUUUGUUGACGCGGUGGGAAUUUGUUGACCCCUCCGCGGCGAAAUCGCCCGAGCCGCUAAAUUCAACCUGGGUGGCCCGUGUACGGUUUGGUAUCUGGGCGGCCUUCAAUGCGCGAUGCAUUGGAACGCCUGAGCAAGUGAACCAUGUUCCUGAGGCGAUCACCUGCGACCGAGCCGCAUUUCUCCGUCGAUCUGCGGGAAUUAUCCUCCUCAGUUACCUGGGCCUCGAUGUGCUCGGCUCGAUGGGCGAUCCUGAAGUGGGAUCUCGCUUCCUCGUUGCAUCUCGUGUGCCGUUGUUUCGGAGGAUCUCCAAAAUCAGUGCGGAAGAGAUUGUCAUUCGAGUCGUUUCAGGCAUUGCAGCUGGCAUAGGCUUAUUGGCCAGUCAGGGUGGUUUCUAUUAUCUCUUCGCAUUCACCAGCGUUCUUGCGAGGUGGAGUAAACCGCAGGACUGGCCUCCUUUGUACGGAACCUUGUCGGAUGCGUAUAGUCUGCGAAGACUGUGGAGGUAA